CGCGAGAUGACACUUGUGACGUCUGGAUUAGCUCUCCGGAAGGGAUCUAGGAGCUAGACGUUAACGGCACUGCGGGACUUUUAAAUAUCGAUCCAGGGCUGAGGGCUGUGUUAAAAAGAUCCGGUCUCUCCCGGGAAAAGCGGGGCUAUUGGCCGGUAACUGACAGCCAUUGAAUGAUGCAGGCUGCAGAGGAGGCAUGUGCACAGUUGGAAGAUGAGUUGCUCUUUUGUGAGGAUUGCCGCUUAUACUUCCGAGAUUCCUGCCCAACACACGGAGCCCCAACAUUUAUCCUAGACACCCCCGUUCCAGAAAAUGUACCUUCCCGUGCGCUGCUUUCGUUGCCCGAGGGGCUGAUUGUCAAGGAAAGACCUCAGGGGGGUUUUGGGGUUUGGUGCACUAUUCCGGUUAUUCCUCGUGGAUGUAUUUUCGGCCCCUAUGAAGGAGAUAUCAUCAUGGAGAGGAGCGACUGUACUGUAUACUCUUGGGCGGUGAGAGACAACGGAUCUUAUUUUUAUAUUGAUGCCAGUGAUGACUCCAAAUCCAGUUGGAUGAGGUAUGUGGCAUGUGCAUCGACAGAAGAAGAGCACAACCUGACAGUGUUUCAGUAUCGCAGGAAAAUUUAUUACCGUGCCAGUCAAGUAAUCCCCACGGGCACUGAACUGCUGGUUUGGAUAGGAGAGGAGUAUGCUCGGACGCUAGGACUCAAACUGGGUGAGCACUUUAAGUAUGAGUUUGGAGAAAAAGAACUUCUAAUGAAGCUGUUCCAGGACUUACAACUGAAACCGGUAGACUCCAUGUCAAAUCAUGUAUCGUCUCAAAGUCAGUACCUGUGCAAUGAUAUGGUCGCACCUAUGAUGCAGGCACACAAGACAAGUUACCCGCUGAACAAUAUUGGACAUACUUCUUCUGUCUUCCCACUGCUGGAGGGAACCCAGAAUCUUGUGAGCCUUGGUCGAGCACAGAGCCGCUACUGGACCUUUUUUGGAUUUCAGGGGGAUGCCUAUGGCCGCAUUAUCGAUAAAACAAAGAUAAUUUGCAAGCUAUGUGGCGUGCGACUCUCUUACAGUGGUAAUACUACCAAUCUGAGGCAGCACUUAGUAUACAAGCACCGGCGGCAGUACAACGAUUUAGUUGGGACACAAGGAGCUGUUGUGGACCCACAGAAACACCCAGAAUCAGUUUUGCCUUGUGAGUUGGCUUCCAGAGCAAUUGUAACGCCAACAGUGGGAAGAACAACUAGAGCAGUGGCAGAUUUUAUUGUCCGUGACCUAAUGCCUGUUGAAAUAAUUGAGGGAGAAGGCUUUAUUCAAAUGCUGGCAAUACUUGACCCCAAUUACAAACUGCCAGCAAUCUCUUUUUUGGCUCAUACCAUCUUACAGGAAAUGUACAUUCAAGUGAAGGUCAAAGUGGUUGACCUGGUGAAAAACCUGCAAGACUGUUCCAUCAGCCUGGAUUUGUGGAAACACAGUGGCACUUUAUCCUACCUUACCCUCACCAUUCAUUUUGUUGAUGAAGUAUUUGAAUCCCGGAACGUGAUGCUGUCGAGCAGGGCUGUUGCUGAAGACCUUUCGGAGGGCAGCUUGAUAUCAGUCCUGCUGGAUGUUGCUGAAGAGUGGGGGAUUCGUGAUAACACUUUCUAUGCAGUGGGCCUCAACAGUUCUUCUGUGAAGGUUGCAGCUUUAACCGUUGGCUGGAAAUCUCUGCCAUGCGUUGGGCAGGUUUUAAGAAGCUGCAUUGAGACUGUUCUUCAGCAUCACACUAUACAAAGCACCUUGGAUCGAUUUAGGAAACUCGUAGCAUUUGUUUGUUCAUCCCCGAUCAAAAUCGAGGAGAUGGCAACACAUGGACCUGUGUUAAAGGUGCACUUAAAAAUGUUCCUGCGGGAUGGAACUAAGUGGUACAGUAUCUACACAUUGUUGCAGAGCAUAGUGGACCAUUCCAAGUAUUUCAAAAGCCUUACUGAAACAAUGAGUGAAAGUGAGGUUGUUCUACAGCAAGAUGAUUGGUCAAUCCUUCAAGAUGCAGUAGAGAUACUAAAACCCUUAGCAAUUGCUACCUCAACAUUUACCAAAGAUCAAUUUGCUGGAUUAUCACUGGUGAAACCUGUGAUUACCAGCUUAUUGUACAAACAUUUAGCGCCCAAUGAGUGGGACUCUGAUUUUUCUAAGACUAUUAAAAAGACCAUACAUGAGGAUUUGAGCUUUAAGUACGCAGACCAUGAGGUCAAUCGGGUUCUUAACUUGGCAUGUGCCUUGGAUCCUCGCUUUCGUGGCCUUGAUUUCCUCAGUCAGCCAGACCGGGUGGAAACACUUCACUUACUGAAGCUUGAAGCAUCUAAUUUAGCUAAGUUGCAGACCACUGAGCCUACCUGUGUUACUCCUGAGCCCUUGAAUUCAAAACCACCUAUUAAAAAAGUCAAGCAAGAUUCGGGAAUUGAAUUUCUUUUGGGAGACUUGUGCAGUGUACGUAACUCCUCGGUGAGCACAGUCAACCAACAGGCAGAACAGGAGAUUAGCAGCUUUCAGACGAGUGAGGCUUCUUCCUUAUGCCAGGAUCCAUUGCAGUGGUGGAAAAUGCAUCAUACCCAGUACCCACUUUUGGCUCGGGCAGCCCGGAAACUGUUAGCCAUUCCAGCAACCUCAGUGCCCACAAACUGGCUAUUUACUGAUGCUGGUUUGGCAGUUUAUAGAAAGCGUUCUGCGCUGACUGCGGAAAAUGUAGACAUGCUAGUCUUUCUCAAUGGAAACAGGUUAAUGCUUUGAAUCUUGGCCGGGUGGCUUCUUCACAUUUGUGCCUCUCCCUGUUACACCCAAGCCACCCAUUGCCAGUGGACCAUUUUAUCUUCUCCAGGUCAGAUCUAGUGCUUCCCCAUAUAAUAUUUCCUAAAGCAGAAUGGGGACAUGGAUUUCCCUUUGUUCCUACCAGUACCUGUAUUCUUUGUAGCCAGUAUAUUACUGGGCAUUUCAAAUAAGACCCCAAUUUUUUUUAAAAAAACACAUCUGUAAUUUGAAGGAUUCUUUGGGGAGAACUUUUGUGUUUUAAUAAGUAGAUUAUCUAGGUACUCCAUCUGGUUUAAUUAUAAUAAUGGUCUCUUCUGUGGUGGAAUUUAGUUCUAAAGGAAUAUAUUUAAUUAGGGGAUGUGUAGGUGUUAUGCUGCAUUAGAAAAAAGUUUUUUUUUUUUUAUCUAUUUAUUGGUUAAAUGUAAAAGCAGAGUGUCUGUUAUAAUGGUUUGUUUAAUCCCGCAAUACAGUAUUUCUGUGCAACACAGAACUGUCUUAACUAUUGAAUCAUUAUGUUAAUGCAAUAACAAGAAGCUGGACUCUUAAGUCACUCUUCACAUACGAGCAGUUUUUCUCAGCAUGUUUUAAUUGCGUCUAUGAAUGGUUUCCUACACAAUGAAGAUAAUGAUGUUGCGGUUAAACUUGGUGGUUUUUCUCUGUCUGGGCUGUGGAAUGCCAUGCUGUACUAUUAAUUUCUUGCAGCAGGGGGAAGCCCCCUUAAGGGUUUUGCCAGUGACACACAUUUGAUGCCAUAGAUCUGAAACCUAAAAAGAAAUAUGGCUAGAAUUGCUUUAUUGUAUGUACUAAAUAAACUGCACAAGCUCUUAGGUUCAGCAGCACCAAACCAAUAAUAUUUCAGGUCUUCAAAUAUGUCCAUAGCAGAUCCCCAUCUUGGAUUUGUUAGAAAGUGAGGUUAUAUCUGUCUUUAAAUGAGAACUAAAGUCAGAAUCACUAGCGGGUACCAAAAUGUUAUGGCCUACCGGAUACUCUGGGGCCUGUUCUCCUGUUAGUUAAAAACGGCACCAGUCGGUAUUUCUGUAGAAGAUCAUUGCUGCCAUCUUCUUCGGCUUUUUCUUUCAUUUGGUUUCGUUUCAUGCAGGCACACGCUUAGUAGAGUGAACACCAAGCUUAAAAGCAAAAAGCCUGUUUUUUUUAUGCUACUGUGGAUGUGCCUGCCCGUAGGGAAAAAAAAAAACAGAAGAGAAAGGAAGAUCAAGCCAACAAACUGCUACAGAAAUACCCCGGGCUGGUGCAGUUUUCUGCCAAAAGAAGAACUAGCUCAGAGAGUUUACUUGCCCAGAUACAUUGAUUAUGUUCACUGGGGGGUGCAAAACAUUUGGCACCAAUAGUUAUUUUAAUUUUAGCUCUGUUUUUAAUAGAAGAACAAGGGACACAUUGGCAUGGAGGCAAAAUUUGCUAAGCACGUGUUAUCUUGAUAUACAGUAAAUGCGCGCGAUAUUGCACGCAGAGAGAGAGCUAUAGCCACCUACGGACCACGCAAUUAAGUCUGAUUUGAAGGGAUGCAUCAAAUCCUGAAUCCUAUUUUUCAUCAGGAUUCGGAUUCUACCGAAUCAAAGAGCCUGGCUGAACCAAAUUCUAACCCUAUAUAACUGAAAAAAAUUGAAAUGUGCACAUUGGGUAUUUCCAUCUGUGUGCUGGCUUUUCAGGGGCAGAAGAUCAGUUCGAUAUCCCUGGAUUUGGGGAUUCGCUGAAUCCUGAAAAGCAGGGUUAGAUGCAUCCCUACCAAUUUUCAAGUGUAAUUGCGUUAAUAUUGAGGCAUCAGGCGCCUUACUACUUCGAUGGCACUGGAAUUCUGGGGGAAAAGUGCUGCAUUAGGGAAACAAACAUGGAGAUUGCACUUGAAAUUGCACAUUGAUUACUGCUCUUGUGAUCGUAAAAGACGGAGGGGUCUUUUACCUUCACAAUGCAGAUAUAACAUUAAUGUCCUAGUUGUUUGUUGGAGCACUAAGCUCCUCUGUAAGCUCUCAUUAUAAAAUGUUGUUGGAAACUGUUCUUAUAUUCACUUUAAAGGUACGCUGUACUGUUAUUUAUUUAUGUAUGUAAACCAACCCAUAACUAUUUAUUAACCUAUUCUGGAUUCUGCCUCUAGGUGGAGAAUGCAAUGAAAAUAAAUCUUUCUGCUAAAAUCCCUUUGAAAAUGGCAUUGCUGUGAAGGCUCAGGAUAUCGUUGCUCUCAGAUAUACAACAGUAUCUUUGAGCAGGUUCACUCAAUUGACUUUUUAAGGCUUCUGUCACAUGCCAGUGACCAUCCUCUCAGGUCCCAUUGACUUUAGUGGGAUCCUUGUGGAAGUCAAAGUUUCAGCACUUUCCUACCAUAUGACAUUAGGCUUAAAGGAGAAGGAAAGGCUAAAAUUAAGUAAGCUUUAUCAGAAAGGUCUAUAUAAAUACACCAGUAAACCCUCAAAGUAAUGCUGCUCUUUGUCC